GCAUUUACGGGGUGAAUGUUACAGCUUUGUGACCCACAUCAAUACGUGUGUGUGUUUUCAGCGUGCGGUCAAGCCCCUCUCAACAAUGGCAAUCCGGGGGCCACUCCAGGUGCGUGGCCCUGGCAGGUCAGCCUGCACGGGUCUGGGGGCCACUUCUGCUCGGGGUUGCUCAUUACCGACGAGUGGGUGCUGUCAGCCGCGCACUGCUUGAGCACAGCUGGGGCUGUGACAGCGUUUGUGGGGCGUCACAGCCAGACGGGCUCAAACCCGAACGAGCAAACCCGCAGUGUCAGUCUCAUCAUCUUCCAUCCUGCCCACAACCCGACCACCUUUGACAACGAUGUGGCGCUGGUGAAGCUUUCCUCACCCGUGACCUCCACAAACUACAUCGGGCCCAUCUGCCUUGCCGCCAGUGGAAGCACCUUCUUCGAUGGAACCCAGAGCUGGUUCACCGGAUGGUGGGACGUCACCUCGGGAGUUCCUCCACCGCCCUCCGGGGACCUGACAGAGGUGCAGGCCUCCGUUGUCGGAAACCGCCAGUGCGAUUGCAACCGCACGCAGAUCACGAUCACAGACAACAUGAUUUGUGCUGGCCUGACGGCUGGAGGAGAGGACGCCUGUCAGGGUGAUAGUGGCGGUCCCCUGGUGAGCAAGCAAGGGUCCGCGUGGGUCCUGAGUGGGUUGCUGAGUUUCGGAUUUGACUGCGCCAAUCCGAACAUUCCUGGCGUCUACACGCGGGUGUCGCGUUACCAGGCUUGGAUCAGCAGCCACACGGCCAACAGCAACAGCUUGCCAGGCUUUGUUAGCUUCAUGUCUGUGGGCACUGAUCCAGACUUGCAGUUUAGCUGUAACGCUAACCUGCCCCUCCCCAGCGCCAUCCCGCGUCUCACCUUCCCUGAUGGGCACAUCACCCACACUGGUCCGCACAUCACCCAUACUGGUCCGCACUUCACCCAUACUGGUCCGCACAUCACCCACACUGGUCCGCACAUCACCCACACUGGUCCGCACAGCACCCACACUGGUCCGCACAGCACCCAUACUGGUCCGCACAUCACCCAUACUGGUCCGCACAUCACCCACACUGAUCCGCACAUCACCCACACUGAUUCGCACAGCACCCAAACUGAUUCGCACAGCAGCACGACGCCAACCUCUCCUUACACGUACACGUACACGUCGACCUUUCCUUGCCCCGUCGUCACAUGUCACCCCUGCUAUUGCACUUCCCCAAUCACUUCCCCAACCACUUCCCCAAUCACUUCCCCAACCACUUCCCCAACCACUUCCCCAAUCACCAUUUGGUCCAGCAGCAGCAGCACUGGCCCGCAACCAAACGUGUGCGGGGUGGCCCCGCUCAAUAAUCGCAUUGUGGGAGGGGUGACGGCCUCCCCUGGCGCUUGGCCCUGGCAGGUGAGCCUGCACAUGCAAGGCUUUCACUUCUGCGGGGCGACACUCAUCAACAACAUGUGGCUGCUGUCGGCCGCACACUGCUUUUUCAGUUCUUUACCCGUGACAGCAUUUCUGGGUCGUCAGAGUCAGCUGGGAUUCAAUCCUAACCAGGUCACCCGCUUUGUGGUGCAAACCAUUAUCCAUCCUGCCUUCAACCCAAUCACCUUUGACAACGAUGUGGCGCUGUUGAGGCUUUCCUCGCCCGUGCCCUUUAACGACUUCAUCAGGCCCAUCUGCCUGGCCGCCAGCGGAAGCACCUUUUUUACCGGAACCGAGAGCUGGGUCACUGGCUGGGGGACCAUCGGGUCAGGAGUUCCUCUACCGCCACCACAGAACCUGAUGGAAGUUCAGGUUCCCGUGGUCGGGAACCGCGAAUGCGAUUGCAAAUAUGGUGGAGUAGUCAUCACCGACAACAUGAUUUGUGCCGGGCUGCGUGACGGUGGAAAGGACGCCUGUCAGGGUGAUUCUGGUGGUCCCAUGAUGAGCAAGCAAGGAUCUGUGUGGGUGCUGAGCGGGCUCGUCAGCUUUGGAAAUGGUUGCGCUUUGCCAGAUUUUCCGGGCGUUUAUACGCGGGUGUCCAGGUACGAGGAAUGGAUCAGGAGCCGCACGAGCGACGGCAACUUGCCAGGCUUCGUCAGUUUCACCUCCCCGGGCAUUGACCCAGACCUGUCUUUUAAUUGUCCCACCACCACGUCGUCCACCUCACCCACAGGAUUCACAUCUUCUGACACCACCACCCUCAUACUACCUUAACCUUUCCCAACCCCCCCCCCCCCCCCCCCCCCCCGUACCUCCAGCUUCAUCUCCACCAGCCCAUUCUGGGUUCUCCUGAAAAGAGGUGGUCACAACACAACACAACAGAGCUCUUCUUCACCGCAAGCAUGACGCCAAUUCGCAAAAAAAGCAAAAUAAAACACACCUGUCAUAAAAGAUGAAAAUGGAUCUUCUAAAUUGGGAUUCAUAACAAAAGAUAAUCAAGAAAGUAAUUCAUAAUAGCAGGUAAGGUAAAUAUUGUCAUUGUAGAUUGAAAAAGCAAGAAUGUGUUCAUGACCUUGACUGUAUGAAAAUGAAAAAUAUCUCACGGCCAUAAAAGUCCCCACCAAUAAUGCGGUUGUACUUGUUCAGCGCAAAGAAUGAAAUUCAAUCCAAUGGUGCUUCAAGUAAUAUUUAGGUCUAUCAAUCCUUGAAUCAAUUUCAAGACAAGCCGUGGUGUCUCGGUCUGAACGCUAGGUGGCACUCAUGUCAUGGUGUUCAUGACAGACAGAAAAAGAAGUCAAAUAGACAUGAAGAAGAACUCUGGCGGUUGAUUGAAUACUGAAGCAUGUUGUAUUCUGACUGUGGAGCUGUCAAUAAAAUGACCAAAGAAAGAAA